AUGCAGAAACCAAUCCCUCGGAAGAUGUAUAUUCUUGUGCCUGAUAAGCCUGCACAGAUCCAAAACGAAAGCGCAAUAGCAGCAAAAACCAUAUCCUCCGUGAUAAGAACGUGCCUUGGGCCCCGUGCAAUGCAAAAGAUGGUACUGACGAAGAUAAACUCGAUAGAGCUGACCAAUGAUGGCAACGCCAUUCUUAGAGAGCUUGACGUCGCACAUCCAUCAGCCAGGUCCCUUAUAGAGCUGGCAAAGACACAGGAUGACGAGGUAGGAGAUGGAACAACAUCUGUUGUGCUUCUUGCGGCCGAGAUUCUGAACGAGAUGACCUACAUAUUAGACAGAGACGUCCAUCCAAUAAGAAUCUGUAAGGCUCUAGGAAGGGCGCUUGAGAUCUGCAUCAAGGCGAUUGAUGGAGCGGCCAUAUCUCUGGAUUCCAAUGAAGAGACUAAAAUCAAGAUCAUCAACGGGAGCGUGGCAUCGAAGAUUUGCAACAUCCUUAAGGUUCCUAUCGGUAAUCUUGCUCUAGAGGCCGUGAAAAAGGUUUACGUAAAAGAAGAGAACAAAUGCGAUCUCAAGAACAAUAUGAAGGUAGAGAAGGUGCUUGGAGGGAAUCUCAUGGAGUCUGAGGUUGUGGAUGGGGUACUGAUCAACAAGGAUAUUAUACAUCCGCAGAUGAGAAGGGUCAUUGAGAAUCCAAGGAUUGUUAUAAUUGAGUCUCCCCUUGAGUAUAAGAAGGGGGAGAGCCAAACAAACUACGAGUUUUCGAAAGAAAACGACUUUACAAGGGCACUUGAGAUUGAGGAGGAGCAAGUCCGUGAGAUGUGCGAAAGAAUAAUUGGGGUGAGGCCGGAUAUUGUAGUGUGUGAAAAGGGCAUUAGCGAUCUUGCACUAUCGAUUUUGUUUGAAAACAACAUCACGGGCCUUAGAAGAUUGAAGAAGACGGAUAUUUCUAGGCUGAGCAAGGUGUGUGGAGCUCGUUCGGUAAGCAGGCCUGAAGAUCUUGAGGAAAGACACGUCGGAGUCUCUUGCGGGCUAUUUGAAUAUAUCAAGUAUGGCGAGGAAUAUUAUUGCAAAUUCAGUAGAUGUGCCCAUCCAAAGGCAUGCAGCGUUGUUAUACGUGGUCCGACAAAAGACAUUCUUGAUGAGCUUGAGAGGAAUUUCAUGGAUGCAGUCAAGGUUGCUAAGAGCAUAUUUAUCAGCCCUAAGCUUUGCCCUGGAGGAGGGGCUGCCGAAAUGGCAAUGGCGCACGAGCUGAUGCAGAGCGCAGGAGACAACGAGGUGGAAGCUGAGGUUUUUUCAAGAAUGGCAUCCGCAUUGACAAUCAUUCCCUCUAUACUCCUUGAGAACUCAGGAGUUUUCAAUCCCCUGGAAGCCAUCACUCUUUUAGAGCAAAAGCAUAAGGAAGGUUCUUUCUAUGGAGUCAAUGGAACAACCGGGGAGAUUGUUGACACAAGAGAUCUUGUGUUGGAGCCAUACGCAGUGAAGAGUCAAUGCAUCAAAUCUGCCGUGGAGGCGGUGUCACAGCUUCUAAGAAUUGACGGGAUAAUCGAAAGCAAGCGCUGA